GGCCGCUGGAAAAGCCGGGCCUGCACCUUCUUGACCUCCUCGCCUACCUACCUACCUACCGAGAGGCACCUACUCCGCUAAAUCCGACCCGUCUCGAUGCCAACCUGGGCCGCCCCGCCGCCAGCGGCGUCCACCAGCCUCUACCUCGCCCUCGGCGCCGCCUCCCUCUCCGCCACCAUCCUCCUCCUCACCCGCUCCCUCGCCCCCUCCAACACCCAACCCCCACCUCCCUACCCCUCCCCGCUGCAAACCCAUAUCCCGCACCUCUCCCCUUCCGAGCUCUCCGCCCUCCCCUACCCGCCCGACCUCCUCCCAGGCCACCGCUCCGUGCCGACCGCCUACGGCACGAUCCACGUCUUCGAGCUGGGCCCCGCCGCGGGGCCCAAGGUGCUGCUGCUGCACGGCAUCAGCACGCCGAGCGCCGCGCUGGCGGGCCUCGCGCUGGCGCUCGCCCGCCGCGGCUGCCGCGUCAUGCUGUUCGACCUCUUCGGCCGCGGCUUCUCCGCCGCGCCCCGCGACCUGCCCCACGACCUGCGCCUGUACACCGCCCAGGCGCUGCUGGCGCUGGCCUCCAGCCCGCUGCCCUGGACCGGCGACGACGCGUUCCACCUCGUCGGCUACUCCCUCGGCGGCGGCCUGGCUGUCGGCCUGGCCCGCUGGCUGCCGCGCAUGGUCAGGUCGGUCGUGGUGAUUGCCGGCGGCGGGUUGGUCCGCAGGGCGCAUGUCGGGUGGAGGAGCAGGCUGCUGUAUUCGGGCGCGUGGGAGGUGUGCGGCGUGCUGGAGCGGGUGAGGAGGCGCUUGGUCUGGUGGAGGCUUCGUCCGCGGGAGCAGCAACAGCAGCAGCAGCAGCAGCAGCAGGAUGAGAAGGAGGAGGGGAUCACGGAGACGAGGAUGGCGGCGGAGGCCGUGCGAGUUCGGGAGAAGCACAAGGGCAGCGACGCGAGCGGGGGCGGCUCCUUUGAUAAUGCGGUGCUGCUGGCCAGCCGGCCGGAGCAUGCCGUGUCGUCCGUCAUGGCCUGGCAGCUGCGGCAUCACGAGGGGUUCAUUCCGGCGUUUGUGAGCAGCAUACGGCAUGCGCCCAUCUACGAGCAGGAUGAGGACUGGCGUGCGCUGGGACGGUUGCUGGCGGAGCGGAGGGAGCGGCUGGCGUCGCAGGACACGGCGGAGGAUUUGCCGGGGCUCAGGGGAGGGAAGAUCCUCCUCGUCUUUGGGGCGUCAGAUCCGGUGAUUGUGAAAGAAGAGCUGAUCCACGACGCCACGGCCGCUCUGGGUGAGGAAGGGUUUGAGACGGUCGUGCUGGACGCAGGCCAUGAGGUGGUCAUGACGAAGGCCGAGGAGGUGGCUGCGGCGGUGGCUAGCUUUUGGAGGCGGACAGAGAAGGGAGCACAGGAGUUGGGGAGAUAGAAGGCGUCGACUGUGAACGAGUAUGAGAGCCUGAAUUUCGCUGACUUUAUUUCUAUUUCUUUUCUUCUUUUUUUUUUCAUCUUCUUUUUUUCUUCUU